AGUGGGUCAUUUCAGUUAAUCAUGACACGACAGCUUCGCUCCCCCAGGACAGACGGCGUGGAUAAAAACAUUUGGGUUGAAUUCACACAGCUGGCAGCAGACUAUAAAGCAGUGAACCUCGGACAAGGAUUUCCUGACUUCUCCCCUCCUAAAUUUAUCCAGGAGGCUUUUUGUGAAGCUGUGAGUGGAGGACCUGAAAUGCACCAGUAUACACGUCCUUUUGGCCACCCCCGUCUUGUUAAAAGCCUGGCUAAAUUCUUCAGCAGGGUCGUGGGACAUGAGAUCGAUCCUUUUGAAGACAUCCUUGUCACAGUCGGAGCUUAUCAGGCUCUGUUCUGUGCAUUUCAGGCCCUGAUUGGUGAAGGUGAUGAGGUCAUAAUUAUCGAGCCAUUCUUCGACUGCUACCAGCCGAUGGUGAAGAUGGCUGGAGGAACAGCAGUAUAUGUACCUCUAAGGCCUAGAGCUGAGGGCAACACCGUCCCAUCAAGUGGAGACUGGGUUCUUUCUGCUGAGGAGUUGACCAGUAAAUUCACUCCACGCACAAAAGCCAUCGUUAUGAACACUCCCAACAACCCGUUAGGCAAGGUUUACAAGACUGAAGAGCUCCAGAUGAUUGCAGAUCUGUGUAUCAAACAUGACGUGUUGUGCAUCAGUGAUGAGGUGUACGAGUGGCUGACGUACGACGGAGCCAAGCAUGUAAAGAUAGCCAGCCUGCCAGGCAUGUGGGAACGAACCAUCACUGUUGGCAGCGCUGGAAAGACUUUUAGUGCUACUGGCUGGAAGGUUGGCUGGGCUAUUAGCUCUGGAGAUAUCAUCAAACUCCUGAAAGCCGUGCAUCAGAGCUCUGUUUUUGAUUGUGCCACUGCUGCUCAAGAGGCAGUCGCUCGUGGGUUUGAGAUAGAGUAUGAGCUUUAUGGGAGUCCAGAGAGCUACUUCCAGGAGCUGCCUGCGAUGCUGCACCACAAGAGGAAGAAGCUGGCCUCGUGUCUGGAGAGCGUGGGUCUGCAGCCCAUCAUGCCAGAGGGAGGCUAUUUUAUGGUAGCGGACGUCUCCUCCAUCAAAGUGGACUUCAAUGACCAGAGCACUGAGGAUAAACCCUACGACUUCAGAUUUGUUAAAUGGCUAAUUAAAGAAAAGGGUUUGGCAACAAUCCCUGUGUCUGCUUUCUACAGUCCAGAGCAUAGAAAGGACUUUGACAAAUACAUCCGAUUCUGUUUUGUCAAGGAGGACUCCACACUGGACGCAGCAGAAAACGUCUUGAGAAAGUGGAGGAUCACAAAGUGAAAUAUCCCACGAUGUGACACA